AUGCAGCCGUCCGCCUGCACCUGCCAGUGCUGCGCCUCUUUCGUGUUCGACUGCGUCUCGCUCAAAGAGCCGAGGUACAUCACCCACCUUCAGGCUCUACCUUAGGGUACUCCUGCUCUCGACUGUCCUUGUUGGACACGUUGACUGACUUGGCUACACUGCUACACAGACCCACCCUCGAUGUGCCAGCGUCCGAGGUCUGUUUUCCCUUUGCCUGCACCUGCCAGUGCUGCGCCUCUCUCCCGUUCGCCUGCGUCUCGCUCAAAGAGCCGAGGUACAUCACCCCCCUUCAGGCUCUACCUUAGGGUACUCCUGCUUUCGACUGUCCUUGUUGGACACGUUGACUGACUUGGCUACCUUGCUACACAGACCCACCCUCGACGUGCCAGCGUCCGAGGUCUGUUUCCUUUGCUGUCUUCUUGUCUCCAAGCGACACGCUUUACAAGCAUAGGUAUGCCAUAGUCCUCAGAGUCUUUGCAGUAUUCCGAGUACUAAUAGAAUCACGCUUUACAAGCAUAGUCGUUCUAUCUUCGUCUAUAUUAGGUCGUACCUCCGCUGCGCUUCGCCUCGACCCAUCAUAAUCAUGUCGGUCGACCCCUUUGCCGAUCCUUACGAGCCUCCCGCCUGGGACUCCUCGUAUCCGAUCCCCACCUCGGGAAACUUCACCGAGAAGGCGCUCGUUAAGAUCGCGGAGGCAUGGGCGGAGGCGGAUGGCGGGCUCCUGACGGACGCCGAUAUAUUGAUCCUCAAAACCGGGCUAGAACGCAUGGCGCUCGAUCCUGCCGCCCUUAACUUCUGGGAGUCGCAAGUCGAGAAACUUCCUCGAGGUACCCCGAUCAGUAUCGAAGCACUCGAGGAAGCGCAAAUGCAUCCGGUCAUUUCGCACGCUCUAGGUUCCGCUCGCCCUGCCGACUACAUCGCUGCAUACGGAGCGCGCUAUUGGACGAAGGGUCUUCAAUCCUACCGCCUCCGGCGUCAGACGUCGACAGGCGCCUUAUCCUCCCAGGCGGCUCAAGACGGCCGAAGUGACACCGGACGCGACGAGCGGUCCGGACAAGAUGGUGAUCUAAAACGACGCGUUACGUCAAUCCGCGGCCUAGGUGACUUGCCAGUCUUUACGGUCGACGAGCUCGAUUCGGAUCAGGACGGCCGUCUCAUCGUACGCUUCAACCUCUUCAUCGAAGGUGAAGUACCCCUCGAUGCCUUGCCCGAGGGGGACGAUGUGCUAUACAAGCGUUGCUCCUUACCGCUCGGUUGGAUCAUAACGGUGGUUGCUACUCCGGCACCCUCGCGGGCAGCUCACGCGCCACCGGCGCCGGCGGUCUCGAUGCAAGGCAAGCGCCCCGCUCGCAACGCCGAUCCGUGGGCGACUUCUGACGAGGAAGAAAGCGACGAACCGACUGAGAAUCCGGCGGGGACCCAACUCCGUCAGCUCGAGGGCUCGGCCGAUCGCCUCGCUCAGCGACCGACUAAGAAGAAGUCCAAGAACCCGGCACCCCCUCCAGCCCAGCGCGCUGUCGUGUCGUACCGUCCUUCUACGCUAUCGCAAGGUGGUCGUGUACUCCUCGAUGAGGACAAUGAGGACCAGGAGACUCCGACCGCUACAUCCAUUGCUCAAGAGAAAGCGGCGAGGAUGUACGAGGAGACUCUGGCAGUCCCUAGCACUGCUUACUCCGAACUCCCCGGCUACGUGACACUUCGCCGCGACAAAGAGGAUAUGUACAAAGAAGCCUUACUACUCCCUCGAGCGCACGUCUACCGCCUAGACAGACAAGCCGCCAUACUCAAGAAGAACCACGGGUUGAAACUGGACGUCAUAGAGAUCAUGAAGGUCCUUACCGGUCAAUUCGUCAGCGCGGUCGAUGCCGAUAACCCAGCGCCUUCCGACUUGUUCUACAUGUUCCAGCAUUCCGGCAACAAGUUCUACGGAAUUGAAGCAAUGGUUCAAUCCAAGGCUAGCAUCAAAAAGAGAACGCUCACGCAAGCAGGUCACACGGAAGCCUUGAUGGAGCUCGAGAAACUCGAAGGCGUCGUGUUCAACUCUCAUCAAGGUCGCGACUGGCAGCACUACACUCGCUUCUUGAGGGAAUUGGCCCAAGAUCCAGAUCUCGGAUUCGACUUCGUAGUCCUGUACGAUGACAAGUACCGUCGGGAUCUGGCCGAUAGAGGAAAGUCGGUCCAUUCCCUCCUCGACGCAAAACUCGGUGACAGCGUCUACGCGCUCUUGAUCAACAAGUGGCUCGCCGGCAACCGGUUCUUUCGAAGCGAGGGGUCGUCCACGGCGAACCACGGCUCCUCGAAUGCUUCGCACCCACGCUCGCUACCGGGCAAGAAAAAGCGUAACCUGUCACGAAUGGGAGUUUCGCCACUCCAAGUUCGGCCUCUCAGCACCCACGUCAUCCGCGUGACUUCGGCCUUCCCGCGCUUCGGACCUCCUCUCCCCGCUUCGGCACCUGCACUGCCUUCUUCUCCUCCAACUAUACGCUCACAACCCUCUCGCCCCCGACUCUUACGUGAACAUCAACCAAGCUCUAUUACGUGAUCCUUGGCCUCAACACUAUUACGUGAUCCUCGUGCCUCGCCUCCUCAAGCUCGCCACCUCGUCCCCGACGACUCUGGUCUAGUUUCCCAGUUCCGUAGCUCACUUCUCUCUUUCCCUUCUGCAACUCGAAUCUCGUCAAAGGUCACAUCCUUGCACUCGUCCCUCGUCCUCGCCUCUUGUGAGAAGUCCCUAGAACACCUCUCAACUCGUCACUCGCCCUUGCCCUCGUCUCGAGCCCCUUCGUCCGGCUCACCUCUCCUAUCUUCGUCCUUCGUGAUAUAACCCCUGCAAGAGGUUUAACCGAGGCGACUUCCAUGAUGAAGAGGCAUGCGAUUAUCGACAUGUCUGCUCAGCUUGCAAGGGAAACCACGCAGCUUCGAGUACUCUCUGCACGCAUCGACAGCUCAAAUCGGGAGCUCGCCUCGCAGUGGCAGCCACGGGAGCAGCAGCUGAUGCUGCCGCUCGGCGCUAGAUAACUCGAGGACGGCGACGAUUCAAUAGCCCCGGACGAAUCGUCGCUUGCGGUCGUCAUCUCAGACGACACUGGACCUCCGGGCCACCCUUCUCUAUCUCACCUGUCGGGCUUAGGGCUGGCACCCAAGUACCAAAGGUCAUUCCACUUCGAUCCACCCUCGAAGGAUUAUCCUACUACCCCACUCCUUUCCUCGACGACGUCCGUGGGCAGGCUCCCCGGACCGCUACCUCGAGCCCACUUCACUCUAGAGCGUCUGGCGAUUAUCGGGGACACUCAACGGUUGUACCCUUCCCAAUUCAACUUCACUCGGACGAUUAACGAUCACUACCUGGGCAAGCUUCUGGCAGAGCACCCAAACACGACCUUAGUCAACUCCUUCCUCCGCUUUUCGCUCGGAAGGAUUCGAACCACCGCACGAUGGCAGCAACGCGCGUGGCGACGACCCCGCGUCUGUACGAUUUCCUAAGAACGAGCAUCAUCGCGAGUUCAUCCAAACGACUGUGGACGAGGAAGUCAAGAAACAAUGGGUCUCUCCCGGCAGCGCAUUUCCUCUCCCGGGAGUCACCUACAACUCGAUUUUCGUAGUCGAGUCGACCAACCAUAGGAUGCGUGUGGUGGCAGACCACACCUCCUCCGGUCUCAACGACGGCAUCCAACGAACCGAUUGCCCGACGAUCUAUGAUACCAUCAUCGACUUUAUCCGUCUCCUUCGCUGGCAUCGGUUUGCAUCGGGACUUCUUACAGACACAUCAGUUCUCUGGAAGCUCGAUGUCUCUUCGGCGUUCAAAAUCCUCAUCAUGUCCAAGCGCUGGCAGGCGCGUCAAGGCAUAGCAAUCAAACGCAGACUUUCGGACGGUACACUACGCACCUGGUACCACAUUGAAUGGAGGGGCGUGUUCGGCUGUCGCGCGAUGCCCUUCCUGUGGACUAGGUUCAUGUCGCUACUGAUGUGGGCGGCUCACAACGCCUACGGAAUCGAACACCCCCUUGCGUACAUGGACGACGCUUUCGGCAUCGAUCUGGCAGGAUCGAUGGUCGCUUACAACCACAACGGCACUACGCACACAAUUCCGGCCCAACAAGCAGCGAUGGCAGCGCUGUGGACCGGACUAGGCAUGCCCUUCAAGCUCUCCCCGGACAAGGCACCACAUGGGCGGCGCAUCACGAUCACAGGCAUCGACUGUGACCUGGACUCGUUCUCCGUGUCCCUUCCCCAAAAGGCGAUUGAGGACCUCGUCAGGGAAAUCGACGCGUUCCUCCUGGAACCGAGCCGGCACCCCACGCUCCGCAAGUGGAGACAAAUGACUGGCUGGCUGAGUUGGUCCCUCAACGUGGCUCCGCAGGCUCGCCCGUAUCUUACCCCGCUUUACGAGAAGCUUGCCGGCAAGAAACGUUCCGACGCGGGGGUGCCGAUCAACACCUCGGUUGCGACCGCACUCGCAGCUAUGGCAACGCUGCUCGUCGAAUCUCCCUCGCUCCGCCUAGAUAGCCCAAGUCUCACUCGCUGGAGCCUCAAAGAUGCGGAUGUCGUUAUCUACACCGAUGCGUGCCUCCAAAACGCUACGGGGACGGGCGCAGGUCUCGGCUUCUGGUUUGAGUGGAAAGGCACGGUUCACCACUACUACUGUCGGCCGCAACGAACGUACAAACGUAUCCAAUUCGCAGAAACCUUGACGGUUGUUCUAGCAUUAGGGAUCGUUACACACCCUUCCAGUCCGUUCAAACCGCUCUCGCGAGUUCUCGUACGUACGGACUCAGCUCCGGCGGUGUACGCAGUCGACUCGGGUGCAGCAAAAGACGGCGACUUCAUGCCGCUGCGCACCCUCACCCUUCGAUCAUAUGUCAUGGCCCAACACCGGAAGUUUGACCUCAAGGUCAUACACGUCCAUGGCAAAGACAACACCCUCGCUGACGACCUUUCGAGGCAACACGAGGUCCAGCUUCACCGGCGCUUCAGCCCUCUCACCCAUUUCGACCCCUUCAUCCCCGGGCUGGAGGGGGUGUCGUUAUGA